GAAUAAAUGUUGAUUGUUGUUUGAACUCCCCUGGUGUCGUUUCACCUUAAUUCUGACAAAGGAAAUCCACGAACCUGAGUCGCUCCAACUCUGGGACGCGACAUCUUAAUUGGCGUCACGGACAGGAUUUCCCUUGUUGGAAGGGAGAUUCUAACGGGAUACCGGACCUCCACCCGGAGAACGGGCGGGGAGGAUCUGGGAAGGAUCUCUCAACAAUAAGUCGGGAGAGAUCCGAGCAGUGGCAGGCAUGGUGACCCGGGAAAUAUCUGUGUCUGACUGUUCCCCUGUUUUAGAGAAGCUAAUUGCAUAUAAAGCCCGCCCUUCCCCACAAGGAGUAGCCUGGGCACGAGACCACUGGCAUGACUCAAAAGCCAUUGUAGGAAGAAUUGAGAAGCUAGCAAAAGAAGGCAGGUUUCGCCCGGGAAAAGGGAAGGCUGUAGUGUGUGCAGUUUUAGGGGCCGCACUCGUAGCAGCCCAGGAAGACAGACAGGAAACAAUGAAAGCUGAGCAGGCAGAUAAGGAGAAGAUUCAGUCCCUGCAGGAUUUAGUUAAAGUCCUGCAAGAGCAAUUAACUGCUGAGCGUAAUACGACACAGCGGCUUCAUGCUGCCUUGUCUGAUGCAUUAGAUCGGGAAAGAAUUUUACGAGCCGAGGUGGAUGAACGAUCUGACCCGGACUUAGACCUGCAAGGUCUAGAGGUAGUUCAGGUGAAACAGCAAAAAUCUUUAUACCCAAAUCAAGAGUUAGAAGGUACCAGAAAAGUUUUUUACCCUGAGGAUGAAGAGAUAGCAAUGAGGCCAUUAAUUAAAACAGAAACCAUAGACAAUGGCCAAAAUGGCGGAGCACCACACGUGACCAUUAAGACGAUACCAUAUUCCGCCACUGAAUUAUCUAAAAUUCAGGAAAAGUAUAUCCGACUAGCAAAGGAGACUGAAACAGAAUAUGUGUGGAGGGUGUCAUUAACUGGUGGCGACCGGAUUUUAUUGUCAGAAGAUGAAGCCCAAGGAUAUUGGGGGCCUGGAGUGUUCCUAACUACCGAUGAUCCUAGGGAACCAUGGUCUCUGACGCAGCGGGCAGCUUACUGGGCAGGGGGAAUAGACCAAAUGGAACGAGGAGAACCAACACGGAUAGACACCCCUUCUAUAAAUCAGUUGACUGAGAGCUUACAGAAAACUGCUUGUCUCCAAUUAAUGCAUGAUAGGCGAUUAGUGCCACAACAGCCCUCUCCGAUGUUGUUAAAUGCCAAUCCCGAUAGAAUGACUCCUCUAAUCCGAGGUUUACCAGAUUCUUUGAAAUUAUAUGCUGUCCAGCUGCAGGAUAGAUUACGUGAUGCGAUAGCACCUAGAGGAGGCAGGCGGAAUGCAGGAGGGGUCCUGACCUGGGGAGAAGUGGCACAGGAAUUGGUUAACUACGGCCGGAGAAUGGGUCUCACAAGGGGAGAAAGCAGGGCUAAGCCUGCUAUCCGCCGAAUAGAAGGACCUGGCCGACCUCCCCCAUCUAAGACUGUAAACACCAAAAAGCUGUAUGGGGGUCAGCGAAACUUGUUGUGGGCAGAAGGGAUAGAAAAGGGAAUUCCCCAGGACGUGAUGGAUGGCUUGCCCACCUCUGUCCUAGAAAAGUUGGUCCUAGGGUGGAAAGACAAGAACAAGGAGCCUCCUCAUACUGAGUUAAACAUUCAAGGCUAUAAAGGGGCGAAUCCGCAGUUGCUGGCAACUCCCACUCCCCAAACGCCUACUGCCCCAGAGGAAGGUAUUACUGUCCGCAGGACGGGAAACUAGACAGGCCGUCCCCAGUAAGUGAGCCGGGGGACGGCCAGUGGGUUUAUUUAAGGAGGCUCACUGAAAAUAAGACAGGAGACCUGUUGAUUACU